GUCUUGUGUCCUUUCCUUUCUAGGUGAAUCUAGGAUCCAGCUUCCAAAAUGUGGCGGCUCUUGGCCACCCUCAGCUGCCUGGUGGUGCUGACCAGUGCGCGGAGCAGACCCAGUCUCCAGCCCCUGUCAGAUGAGCUGGUCCACUAUAUUAAUAAGAGGAACUCUACAUGGAAGGCCGGACACAACUUCCGCAACGUGGACAUGAGCUAUGUGAGGACGCUGUGUGGCACCAAGCUGGGCGGGCCCAAGCUGCCCGAGAAAGUGUGGCUUGCUGAGGACAUAACUCUGCCUGAAAACUUCGAUGCCCGGGAAAACUGGCCAAACUGCCCGACCAUCAAGGAGAUCAGAGACCAGGGUUCCUGUGGCUCCUGCUGGGCAUUUGGAGCUGUGGAAGCCAUUUCUGACCGGAUCUGCAUCCUUACCAAUGGGCAUGUCAACGUGGAGGUGUCUGCCGAGGACCUGCUCACCUGCUGUGGCUUCCAGUGUGGAGAAGGCUGUAAUGGGGGCUUUCCCUCUGGCGCUUGGAACUUCUGGACAAAAAAAGGCCUGGUGUCUGGUGGCCUCUAUGACUCCCAUGUAGGUUGCAGACCCUACUCCAUCCCUCCCUGUGAGCACCACGUGAAUGGCUCUCGGCCCUCAUGCACAGGGGAAGGGGGGGAAACCCCGCAGUGUAGCAAGAUCUGUGAGCCGGGCUACACCCCAUCCUACAAAGAAGAUAAACACUACGGAUGCAAGUCAUACAGCGUCCCCAGUAGCGAGAAGGAGAUCAUGGCAGAGAUCUACAAAAAUGGCCCAGUGGAGGCAGCCUUCUCCGUGUAUUCAGACUUCCUGAUGUACAAGUCUGGCGUGUACCAACAUGUCACUGGAGAAAUGGUGGGAGGCCAUGCAGUCCGCAUUCUGGGCUGGGGAGUGGAGAAUGACACCCCCUACUGGCUGGUUGGCAACUCCUGGAACACUGACUGGGGUGACAAUGGCUUCUUUAAAAUCCUCAGAGGACAGGAUCACUGUGGAAUUGAGUCGGAGAUCGUGGCUGGACUCCCCUGCACGGACCAGUACUGGAAAAGGAUCUAACCCGCUGUGGGCCCUUCCAGCCAGCCCUGGGGCAGUGUUUCCUGAAAUAUAGCCAUUGGGGCUGGGGGUGAGAUGAGGGGUAGGAAUGUCUUUUAUUCUUUGAGUACAAAUGGGUUUUAGACAGGGCCUGAAGGACUGGAUUGGGCCAAACCUUGUGUCUACCAUGAGAGCAGUCUUCCAAGGAGACACAGCCAAGGCCUGCCUACCUCCCAGGCCACUCAGUGGACUGUUGUCACAAUGCAUUUAAACCACUGCUACACGCAACGCAAGUCCUUCCCCCUUAGGCUAGUGCUGCUCGGCUCUUCCUGCAACCACCUCCACAUCCUUCGUCCUUCUCCAUCUGUGCAUCACCAGGGAGCAUGAUAGGCCUACAGGGUUCGCAGUUUUUCCAAAGGAACGAAAGGUGGAUUUCCUAAUGGUAGCUUCCCGUGCAUCCCACCAUCAGCAGUACCUCUGAGCAAGCAGCUUUCUAAUUUGGAAAUAGGUUGAGAAGAGAAUAGUGGGGCAGCCCUUUGGAAAAAGCCACUCUCCCGGGGCUCCUGCAUCUGUCGAGCUUUGCAGUGUUGCUAACCUGCUCUGAUCUUGGCAUGAUUUUUAAAUAGAAGUUUUAUUUUUUUGUGCACCUCAGCUGAUCAUGAGAAUGAAGUAGUCUAAUGUUGGAAGAGCUGUAGUAGUUUUACCAACUGUCUCCUUAAACUGGGUGGUCUUGAUUUGACUGACUUACUGACCUCUUAAUACAAUGAAAAUAGAGAGAAACCAGCCUUUAUUGUUUAAAAAUCACUGCUAUACCCUAUUAAAGAAGGAAUACUGUGCCAAUAAAAGGUUUCUCCUUCAAUGUCAGGUCUGUUCUGGUGGGACCUCAAAGAUCAUUUGUCUGUAGAUUCGUGGCUGCUGUCUAUCCUUAUCCCACAGAAAGAAUCAUGGGCUCAUGGAUCUGGGUGCUCUUUAAACUCUAAUCAGGGCUGUCAGUCGAGGGGAACAAAGUAAAUACCUAAUUUUAGCUUCUCUCCACUCCAGCAUCCUUUCAGACCACAGCUUCUCUCUUUUUAGUCCCUGUCACAACCCAUGUCCUGCUGGAGGACCAGCUUUCCCUGGCGCCUCCCACUGCUGGAAUGGGGUGGAGGCAGAGCCUGGUGCGCUCCUUUGCAAGUUCCCUGUGACUUUAAUUUACUGCUGGUUAAGAAAGAUUCCUUUGGAUAGGCCUAGCUAAGAAUCAUAAGCCACAAGAGACACCAGUUCUUGAGGGGAACAGAGGCAACUUGAAGAAUCAAUACCCAUCCCACUGGCCUGUCAAUAUCUUAUUUCCCUUCCCCACCUGAGAGUUGGACUAGCUCUUCCCAAAAUCAUGACGUUUGACUUCUGAUGUGACUCAGAAGAAUCAGAAGCUCCUAAGAUAACUUCUUAAACACCCAGUGAACACUAGGAAAAAUCUGUGAAACCCAGCAUAGCAUUUACCAAAGCUGUAAAUUCAUAACAUUUUAUUAACAUUUAGAUGAGAAUAUGUUCAUAACCCCAAUGAAGUUAUUUACCUACUCCCACACUGAGUUGAAUAAUUCCAUUUUCACGCACUUUCUCCUACCUCCACAGUGUUCCCUGCAACUCAGUCCUCAUCCCAGAAGCCAGGAGGGAUGUGCAAGAUGAUGUAACAUGAUGGUCAUCUUCACAUUUGGCUUAAGGAGUUUUUGUUAGAAAAAAAUAGGGAUCAGCAUCAAUAAACCUCAAGUUAUCACCAUUGAU